GUGUUAAUGCUGAAACAAAACAGUAAGCUUGUCCAUGAUCAGGCAUGGGAAGAAAUAAUCGAAGAAGAAAUCGUAAAACUCAUUCAAAUUCAAAUUCAAUUCAUCAACAAAAUGAUACUGAUCAUCAGCACCAAUGGGUAUCGCGUAAUAAGAUAGAACUGGAAUUUUUGAGUUCAGAACUCAGCUCUGAUCAUGAGCUUCACCAAAACGACAAUGCAGAGGAAUUUAAUACCAUUACAAGGGAAGACGAUGACCUGCUUCAUGAAGAUGAGCCAUCUCGUACAACUCACCAAAAUACCAAGUGGGUUAUGAAAAAUGGGCCUCACAACAUGGCCAAGGAGCAGCUUUUAGAGAAUUCUCAAGUGGGAACUUCAGAACCUGAGCCAAUUGCGAUUUCUGAAGUCGGUUCGUCGAAUAGGGAUGAUGGCGGAGUAGAUGAUGCUGGGAAUGUAUUUGAAAAAUUGCGGUUAGGUGUGGAGGAGCCACAGUUGUGUGAGGAGCAGCUGAGGAUCAAUGAUCAGCUGCAACAGGAUGAGUUGCUUGCUAUGGAAUCCAUUUACGGAGAGAAUGUCUCCAUUCUUGAAAACCAAGGAGGCCUAAGAUCUUUUCAGAUUCUCGUCCAUAUCGAAACUCGUGAUGAAUUUACUGUUACUGCAAACCUUAAUUCCUCAGGCAAUCUUAAUAUGAAAAGUGAAAGUGACUACUCAUACUCAUUAAAACUUCAGCAUCUUCCACCGAUUGUACUCUCUUGCUUAUUGCCUAAAUCAUACCCGAGUCAUCUGUCACCUUAUUUUACCAUUUCUGUUCUGUGGUUAGAUUCCAUUAGGAUUUCCAAGCUCUGCUCCAUGCUGGACGUAAUAUGGGCAGACCAGCCUGGGCAGGAAGUUAUAUAUCAAUGGAUCGAAUGGCUGCAGACUUCUUCUCUUUCUUGUCUUGGGGCUGAACAAGAAAUAACACUCGGUCCUUAUGGCAUAAUAAAUUCUGAAGACAUACGUGCAAUUUCAGAAAGCGUCUCUCCUGAAGCUGACAUCCCUUCAUUAAGACAUUAUAAUGACGAGCAGUGCCAUGAGACUUUUCGUCAGAACUUGCAUGAAUGCCUCAUUUGUUACAGCGAAUAUGCUGGUUGUGACUUCAUCAGGCUACCUUGCCUGCACUUUUUUUGCUGCACAUGCAUGAAAACUUAUUCUGAUAUACAUAUUACAGAAGGCACUGUGAACAAACUUCAGUGUCCCAAUGAAAAAUGUGGGUGCAUGGUUCCUCCUGGUUUAUUAAAAUGCCUGCUCAGUGAUGAAGAAUAUGAACGUUGGGAGUCUCUAAUGUUACAAAAAACUCUAGAUUCCAUGUCCGAUGUUGCCUAUUGUCCACGAUGUGAUACACCCUGCAUUGAAGAUGAAGACCAUCACGCACAGUGCUCCAAAUGUCUCUUUAGCUUUUGUACUCUUUGCAGAGACAGACGACAUGUUGGAGAAGAAUGUUUAACUCAAGAAAUAAGGCUCCGUAUCUUAGAGGACCGCCAGAAUUCGUCUCAGUUAGGGAGUAAGCAGAGGCGAAAGGAGCAAGAAAUGAUCAAUAACCUUCUUAGUCUGAAGGAAAUACUUCGUGAUUCUAAGCUAUGCCCAUCUUGUAAGAUGGCAAUCUCAAGAACUGGAGGUUGUAACAAGAUGGAAUGUAAGAAUUGCGGGCAGUAUUUCUGCUACCGUUGUAACAAAUGCAUUACUGGAUAUGAUCACUUUAAGGAAGGAGCAUGUAACUUGUUCCCACCACAAGGAGUUCAAUCGUGGGAGGAGCGGAUGAUUGACCGACGGUAUGAGGGUCGUGUUCAAGCUGAAUCCUUUCCUCAGCUUGCUCACCAGUGCCCCAGUUGUCGUCGACCAAAUUUAAAGGUUGACAAUAACAAUCACAUUCUGUGUUGGCAAUGCCAACGGCAUUUUUGUUGCUUAUGCAAAAAGAUUGUGAGGAGCAUGCAGCAUUACGGACGCAAGGGUUGCAAGCAGCACACAGCUGAUUAGAAGCGAUUUGAGAUUCCGAAAAGCAUAUUUACGCGGCGGUGCACGCAGGGAGUAGGAUAUGCUAAGCUUCAGGUUUAUUUAAGUUGUUUGAGGCAACAUUCAUUUAGGUAUAUUAGGGGCAUGUAAUGUAUCAUUUUUUUAGUCUCAUUGAUUU